UUUAACAAUGCUUGCUUUUGUCCGUUACCUCACCUCAGGCGUUGUUAUGUUGAUGUAUUCUAAGCUUAAAAUAGUUUUCACCUCCCCCUUCUUCCUCUCUCUUACUUUCUCUCUCUACAAAACCUUUUCUCUCUCUAAAAUCUUCUCUGUUAAAUUUUUCUGAUUUGUGUAUACAACCUCUCUUCCUCAAUCAAGUUCAAUUUCCAAGGUCACACAUUGAUUCACAUUCAUAAUGAUAUGAAUAACUUGUAACAAUGCAGCAGCAACUGGUUCCACCCUGGCUCGAGAAGCUUCUAGGAACCGCAUUCUUCUCCGUCUGCAGGACUCAUGGCGCAGCCGCUAGAAGCGAAUGCAACAUGUACUGUCUCGACUGCAACACCGACGCAUUCUGCUUCUACUGCCGAUCUUCCCGCCACAAAGAUCAUCAAGUCAUCCAGAUCAGAAGAUCAUCGUAUCACGAUGUCGUUAGGGUUUCUGAAGUGGAACACCUGUUGAACAUCGGUGGAGUGCAGACAUACGUGAUCAACAGUGCUAGGGUUAUGUUUCUGAACGAACGGCCGCAACCGAAGUCCGGUAAAGCGGUUUCGCACGUUUGUGAGAUUUGUGGAAGAAGCCUCUUGGAUGCUCUUCGGUUUUGUUCAUUAGGCUGUAAGGUUGUAGGAAUAAAAAGAAAUGGAAACACAAGCUUUAUGUUAGAGGAUAUAUCAUCAUCAACAACAAGAAUGAUAUCAUCAUCAUCAACAAGAAGAGGGGAAGAUGAAUUGCGUGAAGGCUCUCAACAAGACAUUUACCCGCCCACACCUCCUUCAACUUCAUCCACUAGGAGAAGAAAGGGGAUCCCUCAUAGGGCUCCAUUUGGAUCAUAAUUAUAUUUACAUUUACAUAAAUGUAUAUACAUAUAUAUAUAUAUAUAUAUAAUCGUUUAAUAAAUAGCGGAAUUUAAAUAGAAAAUCGUAAGAACCGCAUAAACACCUAUAUUUGUUGCUUUAACGUAUGAUACAUAAGGUGUUUUAUGUAACCAAAUAAUCUACUAUUGUUAUCUCUCACAUUUUGACAAACAUUACGUACAAAUGUUUAUGCAGUUCUUACGAUUCUCUGUUUAAAAGUAGUUAUGUAUUAAGCGUGAUAUAUAUAUUUACCGACAAGUAAAUUACUCAACUACCCUUUAAAAAAACAAAUUCACCUUCACUUUCCCUUACUUUAUGCAACCCAUCCACAUUGACAAUUUGUUUCACCAAAUACACAUCCAUUUUAGGAAUCCCUUCCCAAAGCCUUUUCGGGCAGCAUUUACAUGCUUAUAUAUCAAGAGACGUUCGUAUCUUUGUGGAUACGCAUAUGAAUAAUUUAUGUUAAACCUUAUAUUGUUCAACAUGGUGAAGAGUAAACUCUUAGACUUUAUCAUGACAAAUAACUCAAAUAUGAUGUCAUUUUUAAGUGUUUCAUAGGGUUGGAUGAUUCUUGGAAUUGAGGUUUAGUGAUGAAACAAAUCAAGUCAUCUUGUGUUUGAAUAUGUAUCAAUGGAUUUAUUGUAUCAAGACAAGGUGAAGAUUAUUUAAGUG